AUGUUCCAUGAUGGGGACGUAUUGAUUGUCUCUCCAACCGGCAAGCAAUGGAAGCUUCAUAGCUUGAUCCUUGCUCAAUCUUCUCCCAUCCUCAACAAGAUUCUCGCUGCAGCCGAACCUGCCCACUUGACCAAGAAGGAUCGUGAUGCCGGAAAGACCGUCUUCUUCAAGCUUGAGAUGGUUGAUGACUCCAAGUACAGAAGUGUUGAUCCCGAGGGCUUGAGAUAUAAGGCAUUCAAAUCUGUGGGUGUCAAUUCUCGUGCUCUCACCAUGCCCCCCAACAUCAACGGUCUCGGUGAAAAGGCUACCUACAACGAAAUAUAUGACAACUUCUUCCGUUGUAUGUACAACCUAUCGCCAGAAUUCCGACAGGAUGAUGAUCCCAUUGCUCGUGACUACAUCAUCGACUGCACUGCUCUUCUUCAGGCUGCCGAUUUCCUCGAUGCUAUCCCUGUCAUCCGAGUCGUCGUCGAGGCCCACCUUCUCCGUCUCAAUCAAAUCCUCUGGCACCAUAUCUCUGAGAAGGCUGAGAAUUGGAUUCACAUUGCUGCCAAGCUACACUCGCCCCUCAUGUUCCGUGAGUGCAUGAUCCACCUUGUUGGCAAGUAUCAUCUCGAGAAUGGUAUCAACCAAGAUAUGCUGCGUCACUCUCAACAUGGUGAACUUGGCGCGAAGAUUUGGCAGCUCAUCGAAUUCAAGGCCAAGGAGUUGAAGGACAAGAAGCUCAAGACUGAGCGCCAUCUGAUGGAGUUCUUUCCCGCGCGUCUGGCUCACAAGGACGAUGCCACAAGUGUCCCGGGUCGAGCCAUCUACGCCAACGACAUCUACUUCUGGCAAGCCUUAGCUCUCUGCCGUCAAUACUUCGCCUCCGCAUUCAUGAACGGCUGCAAUUAUCGCGGUGCCGAUGGCGGACUGGCAUUCUACCGCACUGUUGCCGAGGGUGCCUACCUUCGUGUCGAUACCCUUGAUCGCUUCCAUGCCACCUUUGAGAUGAGCUCUAAGGGCAAAGUCUGCUUGAAUGGCUCUAUCGACCUCAUUAAGAACGAUUUCAAGCCCGUCGUCAAGGAUCUGUUGAUUGACCGAUCUCAAGCCACACGUGGUCCGGACACCCCACCAUUCGCUCAUUUCACCUGCACCGAGAUCCUCGACGAAGAAUUUCCUUGGUAUGAGCCUCCUGCUCCUACUGCAGAGUACAAGGACGAUGAUUUGGACAUGAUGGGAGAUGACGGCGACGCCUAA